AGAAAGUGGGGAAGGUAAGGUAACUGGUGCAUGGGGACAUGGGACAAGAAGCAAAGAGCAAUUACUACUCCACAACGGCCAGGGUCAGGGGUUCCUUGGAGUAGCAUUAAAGCCUUUUGCAUUGGAUGGAUCCACGCGGCCACCCAACUUCUAUCACAAAACCCUGUAGUUUCCCAACUCUUCUAUGAGCUCUUUACAUCUUUGUCUCUCUCUUCCUUCUUCUCUUCCUUCUUCCUCUCGGAGUUUUAAUAUGGAAAGCAUUGUUUUCUGAUAAGAAAGAUGGGCUGUGCUUCACAUUCCCUCUGCUUUCUCAUCAUCUUCUCCAUCUCCACUUUCUUCUUCUUGAAUUCUCACUUCCUGGGUGUUGGUUGGGAUCUAAAGAUCAAGCCAGAAGAUGGAAAUGCAGCAGACAAGAGUACUACUAGUCUUGGGCUCCUGAAUGAUGGGAGUGAAGAAAAGAUUGAACAGAUCUCAGGAGAAGACAAUGUAGGUGGAGACAUGGGGUUUCGAAUGCUAGCAAAGUUCAGAUUUCUUCUUGGUUUGGAUACUUCCAUCUUGAGAAGACCAAAACAUGAGAGACAUCAGCUUUCUCCUGCUCCAGCACCAGCAGAGGCCCCAACCCCUGCUCCUAUCACUCAUUUCCACGCUCAUGUCUACUCGUGGUCGCCACUGCCUCGCGCGAGACACACACCACCAGUUCAAACCUUAGAUCAAGGAAGGAGAUCAGAUGGAGCUAAGGCAAGGCUCCGGAGAAUAGUCAUUUACAUCAUCGUGUCGGUUGGGGCAACCUCAAUCAUCCUUGGUAUCACAGUAUUACUAGUUUUUAAGAGGUCUCAAAGAACUCAGAAGAAGAGAUCAGAGAGGCCUUCAAGUACUACAAGCAAGGUGAGUUUCGAUCCUGGUCCGGAGCUGUUUUAUCUGAAUUCUUUAGCACCAUAUCUUGAGAGUGAUUCUAGUCUUAAGCAGACGCCUGAAUUUAAGUAUGUGUACUCAAAUGAAAACAUGUCUGGUUCUCCAUCUCACACUGGAGAACAAAUGAAGUGUGAAUCAGACCCUGCGAAUAGUUUGGAUGAAGAAAAGGCUCCAAUGGAGUCUUCUCCUUCAGACGAUGAUUCCUUUCAUUCUAUAUGUUGUUCUCGCUCCUCAGAUGGGUCGGUGUCUGAUCUUUCUGAGGCAAAUAGAGGUCACCCAACUGCAACUUGUUCUCCAUGUAAUUCCUCAUAUGGAUCCACCUCACCAAAUCUUGGGCUACUUCAGUUCUCUCCAACAAAAUCUCCAAUUCCAACGAAAUCUCUCGAUCGGAUGCAUUCAACUCCUUUGAGUCAUUCAGCGAACUUGGAAGGCAAAAAAUUUCGAGCAACCUCGAGUUCAUCUAACAUCGUGGAUCAAAGAUCUCUCUUCUCUUCUCUUUCUUCACAGCCUCUUGUUGUCCAUAGCAUGCAACAGAGUAGUCUCGAGAACAAUGAACAUUCCUCAGAACCUGAUAUCUCCUCUUUUCCAUCAAAGCAAGAGAAGGUUUCUACUCCGAAGGGUACUAAAAUGGCAUCCAUGCCACCUUUGUGUCCAAACAAUAUACUUUCCUCUCAUAAUACUGGUGAACUGACACAAUCUUCUUCAGCACCACCUGAAACCAAUGCCAAUGGGAAUAUUCCCAAACCACCUCCGCCGCCUCCACCACCUCCGAAGCCACCCUCAGUUUCAAAGAGCUGCUACUCUACUAUGCCGCCUCCACCACCUCUUCCACCCCCAAAGCCACCUUCAUUUCCAAAGGGUUGCAACUCUAGUCUGCCACCUCAGCAGUCACCAUGCCCAGUUGAGCAAGGUAUACCAAUAGGCAAAGAUGGUGCUCCACUGCCAAAAUUGAAACCUCUGCACUGGGACAAAGUAAGAGCAACCUCCGAACAUUCCAUGGUGUGGGACAAGAUUAGAUCAAGCUCAUUCGAAUUGGAUGAGCAAAUGAUUGAAUCACUCUUUCGAUACAACUUACAAAGUUCUGCCAAAAAUGAGGAAGCCAAGAGCAAGACUCCUUCUCCUACCAAGCAUGUCAUGGACAAUAAGAGAUUGCAAAAUAUCACCAUACUCAUGAAGGCUGUAAAUGCAACUGUUGAGCAAGUCUGCGAUGCUCUGACUCAAGGUAGAGGAUUAUGUGUGCAACAAUUGGAAGCACUGGUGAAGAUGACACUGACAAAAGAAGAACAAGAAAAGCUUUCCAACUAUGAUGGUGAUAUUGAUGAAUUAGGCCCAGCAGAGAAAUUUGUCAGGGUGGUUCUGUGCAUACCAUUUGCAUUCUCGAGGAUAGAAGUCAUGUUAUACAGGGAGACUUUUGAGGAUGAAGUUUCUCACCUCAGAAAGUCCUUUGAAAUGCUUGAAGAAGCCUGUAAGGAGCUCAGAUCCAGUAGGCUUUUCUUAAGAUUGCUCGAGGCUGUGCUUAAAACAGGGAAUCGGAUGAACGUCGGGACUAUAAGAGGUGGUGCGAGAGCUUUCAAACUUGAUGCUUUGCUAAAACUUGCAGAUGUGAAGGGAACUGAUGGAAAGACCACUUUACUACAUUUUGUUGUUCAAGAGAUGAUCCGGUCAGAAGGUGUAAGUGCUAUGGAGACGGCAACACAGAAAACCAACCAGGAAAAUAAUGAGCUAAAGACUGCUGAGGAAAGGGAAGAGGUUUACAGGGUAAUGGGUCUCGACCUUGUCUCAGGACUCAGCACAGAGCUAUGCAACGUCAAGAAGACAGCAAGUAUAGACUUGGAUGUUUUGGUUAGCUCAGUCUCAAAUCUCUCCCAUGGAAUGGAACAGUUGAAACAUUUAAUAGAAGUAUACCUAUCCAGUGAUGAUGGAAGUGGAAGCUUUGUCCACUCGAUGAAAUCCUUUAUGAACCAUGCUGAAAAGAUCAUCCAAGAGCUGAAAAGUGAUGAAAACCAAGUCCUACUUCACGUCAGAGAGAUCACAGAGUACUAUCAUGGGGACGUGAGCAAGGAUGAAGCCAAUCCACUGCGGAUUUUUGUAAUCGUGAGGGACUUUCUUGGUAUGUUAGAUCGAGUUUGUAAAGAGCUCAGGAGAUCAAAGACUCGUCAGGGUCUAAAUGCUGUCGUUCCCUUCCGAUAGGCAUUGAACUUACUUCGUUCCAUGUUGCUGAUUAGAUUACAGCCACAGAGCAGCUACUGCCUUCUGAUUUGUUUCCUCUUCUUCUUCUUCUUCUUCUUCUUCUUUGUAUGUUUGAAGAAUGAUGUAUGAGUGGAUUAGCAUGAACUCCAUUUUUGUAAGUAUUCAUGCUUUUAUACAUUCUGAUUUAAGCCAUUCGCAUUGGACAAAAUAGCUGCAGGAAAGGAUGUGUUAAAUCUGAUUU